AUGGAUCUGUAUCUUAAUUCCCUCUGCGCGAUUACUUUGGCAAAUUCAAUAGUGCUGUACCUACUCCUUAUACAAAAUCACGUCACUGUUGAAAUUUUCAGCGGUAGCGCCGCGAAAUCACGCCUGGGUCUUAAUUUCAUGCUCAUUUAUGCCCUUGUGUUGGGCGCAGACUGGCUCCAAGGCUCUUUCUUCUAUGCUGUAUACAGGGAAGCUCAUGGCUUGCCGGACAAAACAGUCGGCAGGCUUUCCGCCGCGGGCUUUGCGGCUGCCGGGUUGUCUGCAACUUUCAUCGGUAGCCUUGCUGAUAGAUACGGAAGGAAAAAGGCGUGUCUUGGUUAUUGUGUCUUCUCAGUACUGUCCUGUGUGACCGUGCUAGUACACGAUCUCCGAGUUUUGUUCGCUGGACGCCUUUUCGGCGGUGUCGGGACUACUCUACUCUACAGUGUCUUCGAGCCAUGGUUCCUCAGUGAGCUUGAUCGGCUGUGCAAUAAUUCCAUAGAGAGGGAAAACAUCUCGACCAAUAUGUUCUCGCUUCUAUCCAUCCUUAAUGGCUUGAUCGCGAUAGGAUCUGGGGUAUUCAGCCAAUGCCUUGUUGCGAAAACGGGUUCUACGAAGUCGCCAUUCAUUGCUAGCGCAGUUCUUCUUAUGUUCAGCGCUCUACUCAUACAAUGUAGAUGGACUGAGAACUAUGGUCACCAUACGCUGAAUAUGUAUCACGAGAUUCUAGACACCAUCAGACUCAUCCGUGGUACUUGGGGUUCCAUGGCUGGUCAUGGUGGUCUGCAUUUUCGAGUCGAUAAUCUACAUCGUGAUCUACUUUUGGCCGGCAGCAAUUGUCUCGACCCGGAUGAACGCUGGUGCUCCCGCACCAUUCGGACUGAUUUUCGCUAA